AGUGGACCAAUAUUCGCCGGGGGUUUUAUCCCCGAUUAAAUUAAAUAAAUAGGGAGAGAGUGGCAUUUCUAAACCCCUGCCCCUCCCCCUGGGUUUAUCUCUCACAACGCAACAGCGUCAAUGGCGGAAAAACUAGCUCUCCCUCUUAUCCUCCCAAAUCCCCCUCCCUCUAAACCUUUCUUUCAAGACCAAUCCCCCUCCGCCGCCGCACCUCCUCUUCCCUCGCCCAGCUUAUCCCCUCUCUUCCACGAUUUCCUCACCCAACAAAACCCCACCACCCACGACCCCCUCUCCCUCCAGCGCCCACGCCGUCGUAUCGGCAAGCACCGUGACCCCAACAAGGGCAAGCCCUGGCUCAACCACGGCCUCUCUUCUCUAGGUGAGCGUACUCUCCACUCCCUCCUCGAUCCUCAAUUCGAUGCCCACAAGCUCCACCAAGAGCUAUCUGCUUUGCUUAGGUAUAGAAUUGAAGAAUCUGAAUUUUCAGAGGAUUAUAUAGACGCUGUUUUCUCUGAUUUGUUGGGCAUAAUUAAGGGUUUAGGGUAUCAUAAAAAAUGCGACUUGGCUCUGAGUGUUUUCGAAUGGAUAAAGAGCCGUACGGAUUCUCAGAAACUGAUUAACGGGUCUGUUGUGGCGGUGUUAAUUAGUAUGUUGGGGAAGAAUGGUCGGAUUUCUGCUGCAGCUUCUUUACUGCAUAGUUUGCAGAAAGAUGGAUAUGGGAUUGAUGUGUAUGCUUACACUUCGUUGAUAACUGUUUUCGUGAGAAAUGGGAGGUAUAGGGAGGCUGUAAUGGUGUUCAAGAAGAUGGAGGAGGAGGGUUGCAGACCUACUUUGAUAACUUAUAAUGUGAUUUUGAAUGUUUAUGGUAAAAUGGGGAUGCCUUGGCAUAAAAUUAUGGAGGUUUUUGAUGGUAUGAAGAGCUCGGGCGUUGUUCCUGAUGCUUACACGUAUAACACCGUGAUAAGUUGUUGUCGGAGGGGGUCUUUGUAUGAGGAAGCUAAAUCCAUGUUUGAGGAGAUGAAAAUGGCGGGGUAUGUGCCCGACAAUGUCACCUACAAUGCGCUGCUGGAUGUUUAUGGGAAGUCUAGGAGACCUGAGGAGGCCAUGGAGGUUUUGAGGGAGAUGGAAACUAAUGAUUUCUCCCCGAGCAUUGUGACUUACAAUUCAUUGAUAUCUGCUUAUGCAAGGGAUGGUUUGUUGGAGGAGGCGAUGGAGCUGAAAGAUAAGAUGAUGGAGAAGGGGAUAAUGCCGGAUGUGUUUACUUAUACUACGUUGUUGUCAGGCUUUGAGAAGGCUGGGAAGGAUGAUUCUGCCAUGAAGGUGUUUGAGGAGAUGCAAGGUGUGGGUUGCAGUCCGAAUAUCUGCACUUUCAAUGCUCUGAUCAAGAUGUUUGGGAAUCGUGGGAAGUUUCCGGAGAUGAUGAAGAUUUUUGAUGAUAUGAAGGCGUCUGGAUGCAGGGCGGAUAUUGUUACUUGGAACACUCUUUUGGCUGUGUUUGGGCAGAACGGGAUGGACACGGAGGUGUCGGGGGUGUUCAAGGAGAUGAAGAGAUCGGGCUUUGUGGCUGAGAGGGACACAUUUAACACGUUGAUCAGUGCUUACAGUAGGUGUGGAGCUUUCGAGCAGGCAAUGGCUAUAUAUAAGCUCAUGUUGAAGGCGGGGGUCACCCCUGAUUUAUCCACGUACAACGCUGUUUUGGCAGCAUUGGCACGAGGGGGGCUGUGGGAGCAGUCGGAGAAGGUAUUUGCUGAGAUGAUGAACAGGAGGUGUAAGCCUAAUCAGAUGACUUAUAGCUCCUUGCUUCAUGCGUACGCUAACGGGAAGCAGAUCGAGAAGAUACACAAUCUUGCUAGAGAUAUAUACGAUGGUGAAAUUGAACCACAUCCUGUGUUACUGAAAACCCUUGUUCUGGUCUACAGCAAAAGUGAUCUCAUAGAUGAAACAGAGCAUGCCUUCCUUGAGCUAAGAAGGAAAGGCUUCUCCCCCGACGUUCCUACUCUGAAUGCAAUGGUUUCAAUAUACGGCCGGAGGCAGAUGCUCGACAGGGCAAAUGAGAUCCUGAACUUGAUGAAGGAGAGUGGCAUAACGCCUAGUUUGACAACGUACAAUAGCUUGAUGUACAUGCACAGCCGGUCUGGGAACUUUGAGAAGGCCGAAGAGAUACUGAGGUAUCUGCUGUCCAAAGGAGUGAAGCCUGAUAUCAUCUCGUACAAUACUGUGAUCUAUGGGUAUUGCAGGAAUGGCCGGAUGAAGGAUGCAUCGAGGAUAUUUGAAGAGAUGGCUGAAUCCGGGGUUGCCCCGGAUGUCAUCACGUACAAUACCUUUGUUGCUAGCUAUGCUGCAGAUGCGAUGUUUGUGGAUGCUAUCAAUGUGAUCCGGUAUAUGAUCAAGAAUGGCUGCAAGCCGAAUGAGAGCACGUAUAAUUCGGUUGUGGAUUGGUACUUUAAGCUCAACAGGAGUGAGGAGGCCAUGAUGUUUGUGACUAAUAUUCGCCAACUGAAUCCUCUGGUCUCCAAGGAUGAGGAAUCUAGGUUAUUGCAGAGGCUGGCGAUGAGGUGAUUAUAGAUGGUUCUCGUGAACGAGACUCUCUCCGUACAUGGUGUUGAACGGAGAUGGAUGCGGCCAGGGAGACCGGGAAAGGUAGGGUUCUUGAAAGAGUUGGGCAGCUGUAUGGAGGUAUGUCAAAAUUAGGAAAUAUAGAUGUUGUGUAACAUAUAGAUGUGUAUCAUAUUUGUUCCAUUGCAAAACCAGUUUAAUUUGCAUUAUGAAUCAUGAUGCUACUACACAAGUGAUGGAUUUGUCAUGUAAAUAUGCAUAUAGUAAAAUUUGAGAAACUAAAUUUAGUUA